GGCCGGAAGUCGGCGCGGGUUUGACAGGAGGGAACGGCGCGGAGUCGGCGGCUGAGACCGAAUCGAACCUGUCUGAAAGAAGCAGCUGCCUCAGGGACACUUCCCCAUGUGUAUCAUCUUCUUUAAGUUUGAUCCUCGCCCAGUUUCCAAAAAUGCAUACAGACUCAUCCUAGCAGCAAACAGAGAUGAAUUCUACCACAGACCGUCCAAACUGGCCGACUUUUGGGGCAGCAACAAUGAGAUCCUUAGCGGUCUCGAUAUGGAAGAAGGGAAAGAAGGAGGGUCGUGGCUUGGAAUCAGUAAGAAAGGAAAACUGGCAGCCCUGACAAAUUACAUGCAACCAAAGCUUGAUAAAGAUGCCAAAGGAAGAGGUGAGCUCGUAACCCACUUCUUAACUACCGAGGUAGAUAGCUUCUCCUACUUGAAGAAGAUCUCCUCAGAAGGACACCUUUAUAAUGGAUUUAACUUAAUAGCUGCAGAUUUAAACACCAACAAGGGAGAUGUAUUUUGUUACUACGGAAACCGAGGGGAGCACGACCCUAUCGUAUUAUCGCCGGGUGUGUACGGAUUGAGCAACUCCCUCUUGGAGACGCCCUGGAAGAAGCUCCAGUACGGGAAACAGCUCUUUGUGGAAGUCAUCAACCAGAGCCAGGAGCUCGCCAAAGAAGACCUCAUCAGCGAGCUGCUCAAGGUCAUGAACAAUGAGGAAUGCCAGUUGCCAGACCCUGCCAUCGAAGACCAGGGGAAGGAUUAUAUCCUGCCCAUCCUGAAUAAAUACGCCGCUGUGUGUGUGCGCUGCCCAGGAUAUGGCACGAGAACAAACACCAUAGUUCUCAUUGAUGCCGAAGGGAACGUCACCUUCACUGAGCGCAGCAUGAUUGAUGAGGACAUCACCCAUUGGAGUACCAACACCUACCAAUUCCAGCUGCUGAGUUAAUAGCUUUGCAUUUGAAUAGGCCCCAAUCAAAGAAGCCCAAGAGAGCCACUCCUGUGACCACUUUCUACUAAUCCCAGAACUAGGGGGUGCUGCAAGCUGCUUAAGCAGCCCCACACCAUCCAAGCAAGCACCAAGAACCCAAGAGAGUAUUCCAAGUCCAAAUUUGACCUGACUUCCCCAAAUCUCUUUAUUGCCACUUAAGAAUUCCUUGUAAGUGUCCAGUUGCCAACUUGGCCUAGAGUCUGUUGAUGAUGGCGAUGGAGAGAUCAGCAAAUUGGUAUUUCAACUGGUCACUCACUUUAGACUAGGUCAAGGUUCCCUACCAAUCUAGGCCCUGACACUAUAGGCCCCCCUCCAUGCCUCACUCCUUGAGAGGACUUUGUGAGCAUAAAGAAGGGAGAGAAGCAUUGGAAGGGGGCCGCCAUGUUUUUCAGACCAAACUUUUCCUCUGAAAUACUUUGGGUUUUUCCAUUUGGCUCAUCUGCUAGCCACCCUGAUCUCCCUUUAAUUGAAUCAAAAUCAUAGGAAAUCUUUGGGUGAAAACAACACAACUUCCUUUCAUUUGUUUCUGCUAGGCCCCUUGGUAUCAUUUAAUCACGGACAAUAAACUUCCAAUGAAAUCGAUGAUCCCAAGGAAAGCCAGUUCGGAAAACUACCAAACCAGCCUGACUGUCAAGGGCCUGCCCAGGACUCUGGAGAGUGAGAGGAAGGCUUUCUGCACUGCCAUUAACAUCUAUGAAGUCAUUUCUGCUUCUGCUUAGUUACCUGUUGUUCUGAGCUCCCUCAACAACUCUCUCUCGAAGUCAGAAGAGGUCCUUCAGUCACUGGGGGAAAGGAGGACCCUGCUCUCCCGGCGAAUACCUCCAGCCAGGGCUACCUGGCCUCCUUGGCCUGGCACUUUUUCCUAAGAGACAGAACAUUAGUAGGAAUAUGUCUUUGGAAUCUGAAAAGCUGAUAAUAAAAUACUUAAUGAAAAUGC